CGAGUCAUUCCUUGACAGGAAUCCUCCGGUACUCACUCUCGUGGAGGGCACGCAGCCUCUGCACACCUUCCUAGGAUUCGAUUCAAAUAAGCAUGCCAUAACCCUGACACUGCGCGAUCCGUCAGAUGGCCGUAAGAUGCCGCCCAACGGAAACGACUUCGUGUCUGCGCACUGCACGCGCGGCGUGCGUAAGGUCAGCCCGUCUGCGUGGAAGUCCUACGUGAGCAAGUGCAAGCCGGACCUUGUAGUCGCGCUCUCGGACACGCCCUUCACUCCAGCACCACAUUCCCAAAAACGGCUCACGAAGAGCAUUGAGCGGUCAAUAGCCUGGCUUGCGGAUAUCCUCAGGGUCCCACUCCCGGAUGAGGCCAUCACGCGACCUCGCAAUGUACUCGUCCACCUUGCAGGCGGCGUAGAAGCCGAAGCCCGCUCAGAAUUCGCGGAACGUCUGACCGAGCCCAUCGAGCAAAGGGAUGCGCCUGGGCUCUCGCCACCGCUGAACACGCUCGACGACGGAGUUGCGGGAUACGUCUUCGAUCUCCAACCCCUCCACGCCGCCUUUUCAGCCGAAGCAUCCCGUACAAACAGCUCCCCAUCUCCCGCCAACGAGCUGCUCCACGCCAGCGACCGCCAACGCUCCUCCCCAGAAACCUCAAUCGCGCUCGUCGAGCUCCUCCACGCCUCGCUAGAUCCCCUCCCCGCAGACAAGCCCCGCAUCAUCAACUCCCCUGUCUCCCCACACGAAAUCCUCCGCCUCGUCCGGGACAUCGGCGUCGACCUCAUCGACGGCUCCUGGGCCCAGCGCGCGGCCGACAUCGGGAUCGCGCUCGACUUCCGCUUCCCCACCCCCACCGACACCUCAUGUGCGAACGCGCCCGUGCCCCGAGCGCGGGCGAACGGCAAGCGCGACCUGGGACACAACCUCUUCGACGCGCUCUACCGGCACGACCGCUCCCGCCUCGCCUCGUGCUUCCUCGACGGGCAGUCCGCCUCGAGCGCCGUCCCCCCUCCGCACGGCCUCCCGGUGUGCGAGUGCCACGCGUGCUCCCCGCGCUCGCCCGCAUCCCGCAUACUGCACAGCUCGGUCGACAGCCAGGCGUGGGCCGACGUGCGUCCGUACGCGCUCCAGCCGCCCGUCGUACGCUCGUACGUGCACCACCUGCUGCAUACGCACGAGAUGUCGUCGCACGCGUUGCUGGCGAUGCAUAACCUCACCGCGCUGUCCCGCUUCUUCGCGGGGGUUCGCGAGGUGAUCGCUCGCGGAGGGCAAGAGGAGUUCGAGCGUGAGGUCGAGCGGUUUGAGACGACGUAUGACGAGGGAAUGGCGCUCUGGGACGAGGCGGAGAGGAUGUGGCUCGAGGUCGAGCGUGCACGCGGCAAAGGGAGGCUCGCGCGGGAGAGGGAGAAGCAGGCGGCGUCGAUGAUUGGGACUGCGGUAGACCUCUGAACUCGUUACUUCUUUGGAUCAUCUCGCGGUCAAAAGUCCUAGGAGGAAUGCUGGCAUUGAACUAG